AUGGCCAUGAGAUUAAUCGCACUGCUGGUCCUCGCGACUCGGUCUCUCUCCCAAACAGUCGAUAUAUUCCGCAAAGUUCCAAGCGACGUUGAGCAAUGCAUCCGACCAUGUCUCUUCCGCCCCAACAACCCAAACGUUGACGUCGGCAGCGCUUUAAACUGCGGGGCGCCAUAUCAAGAAAAAUGCUACUGCGCGACCGACGGCGAUAACGCGAAAGCCGUGAGCAAACACAUCGACAGCUGCGCACAGGCUAGCUGCUCAAGUGGACAAGAGUCGCAGGAUGCUGAGACUAUGAGACAUUACUAUGCUUCUUACUGUAUGGAGAAUGGAUACUCGGCAGAGGCAUUGGAGGAAUGGUACACAGGUACCGAGGCUCAUGUCACGGGAACAGGUACGGCUACUGUGAAAGACAUGUGGGGAUGGAGUUCAAAGACAAGCCACAGAGCGCAAUUGUUUCCAGACGCGACGGGAAGAAACGGUGACAAUGACAACGAUAAUAGCGGUUCAUCUUUGACAAGGGUGAAAUUGCUGUCUAUGGGGAUUCCAGUAGUCGUGGCUCUUUCUCAGAGGGUUUAG